UUCCUUGUUCCAUCCCAGGAGAAAGCCACCCAGGUACGCUCAGUAUGCAAACCUUUGAAGGUUCUUGGAAUACAUACAGUGAGUAUACACCCUGGUGCUUCCUUAGAUCAUCAGAUUGAAGGUCUGAAGAGUUCUGAACCUGAGUUUAUGAUUGCAACACCUGAGAGACUUUCAGAGCUUCUUUCCUUGAAGGCCAUAGAUCUAUCUGGUGUUUCCUUGCUGGUUGUUGAUGGACUGGAAUCUUUCCAUAAACAAGGUUGCUUUGAUAAAAUAAACUCCAUUCGCCAAUCGAUGAGUGGAAAAACCCAUACAGUUGUUUUCAGCGAUUGCUAUAGACAUGCCUGUGUACGAGGGUUACAAAAUCUUCUGAUGGGAUCAGUCCAUAGAUUAUCUCUAAAUAAUUCUGUCACCGGUCAAAGUGCAUGCAUCAUUCAGUCUGUAAACAUUUGUCUGAUGAAAGAAAAACUACCAAAGGCCAUCCAAGUUCUUGAUCAGGCUUACGGUGGUCGACUCCGUCCUCAGGCUUCAAAGGUGCUAUAUAUCGUAGGGAAAGAUAACAAGCAUCAUAAACUAGUUAAUGCGCUAAAGUUCAAGGGCUAUUCCAUCUCACCUGACUCAGUUUUCUCAGAAGUUGGGAACAGUGUGGAAUCCAAGGGCAGGGCAAGGCCUGCAGUCUCCAUGAUUGACAUAGACCAAAUUGGUACAACCGAAUUAGGUGAAUAUGAAGUUGUAAUUAUACCCGAUAUGACACUUUCAAUCGAGAGUUACGUUCAAAUCCUCACGAGAAUGGCUCGCUACACUGUGAAUGGCGUAUUGCAUAGCUUGUUUACCAGAGAAGACGCAGAGCUUGCUGGACCGCUGACGAAGAUCCUUGACCAAUGUGGGCAGGCAGUGCCUGAAGCCCUAAGAAAAAUGUCUUUUUCAUAAGCCAUGCCGGAACGUUGACAUUUGAGUUUGCCUUUUUUCCUUUUUCGAUUACCAGUUUUGCCAAAUGUUGUCAGUUUAUGAUAAAUUUCAUAUUGCUAGCUUUGUCAACUUGCGUAAGAACUUCUACAACGAUAUAAUGCUAUAUAUAACACUGAAUUUUCAUUUUCAA